CGAGUCUUCAUAUUUUUUGGCUUGCAGAUAGCUUUACUUUUGACAGCAAUGGAUCGCAUUAUGGUUUCAACUGCCUUGCCCCAAAUAGCAUCCGAGUUUGGUGUUGCAUCAAUGUCAACUUGGGUGGCCACCAGCUAUAUUCUAACGAACACUGCAUUCAUGCCAUUAUGCACAAAGUUUUCCGACAUAUUUGGGCGCAAAGUAAUCAUUCUUUCUGGGAUUAUCACGGUAAUGCUAGGAUCUCUUCUCGGUGGGCUAUCACAGUCUUUUGGAAUGCUUCUAGCUGGACGAGCUAUUCAAGGGUUAGGCUGCGCAGGGAUCUAUAUGAUAAUCGCCGAUAUUGUACCUCUUCGCCAAAGAGGCUUGUACCAAAGUGUCAUCGAUACAGUUUAUGCCUUGUCGUACACUAUCUCCCCGCUUCUUGGAGGCGUAUUCUCCCAAUAUCUGUCAUGGCGAUGGAUCUUUUAUAUAAAUUUGCCACUAGGUGCUGUGAGUUUCACCGUGCUGACCUUUUUGCUAAAAUUACCUACAAGCAGAAAAGGAAAUUUCAUUGAUAAAGUAAAACGCAUUGACUUUGCUGGUAUUAUCAUUCUUAUGGCUUGUGUCGUCGUAUUUUUAAUUGCUUUAAAUUUUGGUGGCAGGCUGUAUCCAUGGAAUUCUACACUCAUAGUGCUUCUUCUUCUGACUUCCGGUAUACUAUUGCUGAUCCUUCUGCUUGUCGAAUCCAAAUUUGCAAAAGAGCCUUUGAUACCUAUAAAACUAUUAUCGAACCGUUCACUUAUCGGAAGCUUCACAUCAAACGCAGUAUUUGGAGGAGUUUAUACAUCAGCUUUAUACUUCCUUCCUAACUAUUUUCAAGUGGUGAAAGGUGAUGAACCGAUAUGGGCUUCUUUUCGGAUUUUGCCGCUAUUGCUUGUCAUUCCUGUAAUUUCCAUUACAGUAGGAAUACUCAUCUCGCGAUUUGGAAUUUACCGUUUCUUUAUUACGGGUAGUAUGAUCGUAAUGGCUGUCGGGACUGGUUUGAUAAGCACUUUUACAGUCGAUACACCUUGGAACGGUAAUGGUGAGCAUAUACAUAAUGAUGCCAUAAUGUUUACAGGCGUAGCGCCCAUGUUCAGCUCAAUAAUUAUUUCCGUGCAAGCAGUUGUCCCACCUUCGGACGUAGCAACCGCCACCGGUGUAUCCUUUCUUCUUUUCGAUGUCGGUGCAGCAGUUGGUGUAGCAAUCACAUACGCUGUACUCAAUACAAAGUUAGAUCAGAUGCUGCCAAGUACCACAAUACCGGCGGGGAUGAUAUCUGCAAUCGUACAGGAUCCAACGGCCAUCCGCAGGAUACUACCGCAACGAUAUCUCCAAACUGCAUUGCGUAUUUAUGCAUCAUCGCUCCAAGAAGCAUGGCAUGUCUUGAUUGCAUUCCCGGCUAUAGGUUUCGUUGCAUCCCUUCUUAUAAAGCAUUUCGUUUUACGGAAGCGAUCAAAUAAUGAUUGCGAGAAAGAAGAUAACCCUCCCACUAACUGAUCAGAGC